AUUCCAACAGUAAUCCAGCUGUCCCUUACCUUUCAAGCUGGAUUCACCAACUACGUUGACGGUUCUACGUAGAAAUGAAAACAUAAUGCACGAGCUGUAAGGAUCAAUUAGAGGAUUUUCUUGAGAUCGGCCUAAACCCACCAAAACUAUUGCAGUCACGGACUUUUUGCAAUUCCCUCAAGUUGUCCCCCCGACCCCAGGCCAGAGGCUCAAUCCGGUUUCCCAUUCGUCCUACCUCCCUUCAUCAAAAUUAUUGCCCAGCAAUUCGCCAUCAUAUACCUGCUCCUGUGGCGGGCAUUUCUGUCUACAUUCCUCUCCUUUCUUGGUUUCCGAAAGGUUACGAAACAUGAGCGGAAAUCCACUGUAUUGCUCAAGUGGAAUAACAGCUCCUACUUCAUUUCCUUUAAGGACUUCCCGAAAGGAUUAGAUCAAGCAACGCUUAGAGAUCUAAAGGAAAGGUGCAAGACUGCAACAGGAGUACCAGUAGCUACUAUGAAAUUGAAGGUAUCAGGAGCAAACAUGAAGGACGAAUCAGCGCAGCUUUCAAGCUAUGGCGUCCAUUAUAACUCUAUCGUUGAAUUAGAUGGACAUCUCCCGGGUAAGGAAGAUCUUCAAGAAGCAGCGUCUGGAAAUCCUGAAGAAGUCGGUCUCUGCUUACGUAUUGCUCAGACUGUUGAAAAACUCAAGGAAUCGGCUGUGCCCGUUAUUGAAAAAUACGACAAGGAGGUGGUAGAAUACAUAGCUGGAGGAAUAAUCGAUGAGACGAAAAGAAAGAAGUUACUCGACAUGUCGGCCUAUAUCAAUGAACAGCUCAUGCAGUCACUCUUCGCUUUAGAUGGCAUAACAUGCGAGAUCGAUUUUACAACCGCUAGGCAGAAGCGACGAGAAGGUGUACGUUAUGCUCAAGGAUUGCUAGAUAGAUUAGAUAAAAUCAAAAGCGAUUUGAGAGUGUUUAUAGAUUCGCAUAAGGCAUAGAUUUCAAUGUACACCUUUUUUGUAUCGUAAGCAGCACGGUCUUAUAAAAGCAUUAAUCCAUUAGAAUAA